AAUCUUGCUCUUCUAGCUUUCUUCUUCCACUAGAGGCUCAAUCUCCUCUGAGGAAAUUCUCCUUGUCAAGUUCAGCAGCCGAGAUCACUGGUGCCGAUACGAGUAACAAGCUCGCGGUGAUGCUCACGAUCAUGGCUCUAUUGGUUCGAUGGUGCUUCCAACCUGGACGCUAUCUUGACACCGGCGCUGAAGCAAGACCUUGCUGGUUUCUGGGACCUUCACGCAUGGGCGGUGAAUCCCGAGCCGCCUCGGGGCACGUAUAAACAUCAAACCUGGAAGGGAGCGAUCACCAAUAUCGAUCCCCGGGCGGGAUGUGGAGAACCACAUGAAGUUGCUCUCCCAGUAUCUCAAGCCAGCUCCAGGUCUUUGAGGAACCGAACUCGCGAAAGGAAUGUCACUUUCCGUUCUCAGCGACAAUCCGCGGAUAUUUGACCGCUUCCUCCCUAUCCCCGACGAUCCUAUGAUGAACAAGUAGAAUCGUCUGCUGACAAUGGCUUGGAUAGACAGUACCGACGUUUCUUCUCUCACAAGCCGGCAGGACAGUGAUGGAUCCUUCGUCACUAAGGUCUUGGACAAGUUGAUUCGAGAUCGCGGUUAUCCUUCCCAAGAGGUCUGUCACUCGCUGCUAGAUCUCCCUUUGGCUGGAAGGCAGGGCAUGUAUGCGGACAAGGCGGCCCUGGACUCGAAAAACCUAGAAGGACUUCGCUCCAGAGUUUACCUAUGUCGCCAUAUCUCGCAUACGGACCUUGAAUGGGUUGCUCUUCGAGCAGAGCUUUCCGUUUUGCGCCUCAAGUUCGCAGCCACCCACACCACUGUCAUGAGAAACCGGUAUCACCAGCUUCGGAAAGCUGGGAGGAUACUCCCAAUGACGAACUGCUAUUGUUUCCACCUGGUGACGGCCAUCAGCUCCAGGUGCCCAUCAUCCGCUCCGAACCCGUCGCACACUCCGGAAUCCACAUCCCCAGAUUUUGGGUCCAUAGCGAUGCUUCACGACUAUUCAACAAAGGCUGCAAUCGAUGGACAGGAUAUCAAUGGUGGUGACUGGAAUAGGAGUGGCAGAAGACGGAUCGUCUCUAUAUUGGACCGGGAAACGGGGGUAUGGAUAUCGUGGCAGACAUCUAGGGCUGCUGACUGGAUAAACGAGCGCUCUGCAAGGAUCGCGGCAGCGUUCUAG